AGAGAGAGAGAGAGAGAGAGAAAGGGAAAGAUAAGAAAGAGAAAUACAAGAAAGAGAAAGAAAAGUGGGAGCUUAGAGAGUAACCAGGGAAAAAGAGGGUUUAUGAAGUUAGUCCGGAGAGGGGAGGGAGAGAGGGAGGCAGCCAGAGAGAGGAACAGGGGGUAAUAAAGGCCGGGUCACUCUAGAGAGAGGGAGGAGAGCAGGAAGGAGAGAGGGAGGGGAGAAGGAAGGAGAGAGGGAGCACAUAGAGGGAGAACAGGGUUUUUAAAGGACUCGAGAUAGAGAGAGGGAUAGAGAGGGAAAAGAGAAGGAGAGAGGAAGGGAUCAGAGGGAGCACGCAGGAUAAAGAAGGGAAACCUGAGGGAUCUGAGCAGAGGCAGCAUGCAGUGUCUGGACAGUACUGUGUUCUGGCUCAGCUGGGCUUUCAUGGCCGCAGGUGUUGCCUACCUGUUCGCCGACCGGCAGGUCUCCGGGCCGUACGGCCGGUACGUGCCCACGAGCUACGACCGCAGGCUGGUGCCCGCCGCCCUGGGCUGGUUCAUCCAGGAGCUGCCCGCGUUCCUGAUGCCUGUCCUCCUUGCCCUCAUGACAGAUGUACGACCGGGCCUGGGCAAAGGCCUGCUGCUCUGCACCUACUGUUUACACUACUUUCACAGGACUUUUAUUUUCUCCUUGUUGACACGAGGCAAGCCCAUGCCUUUACAGACGGUCAGGUCUGCCACCAUCUUCUGUGCUGUGUGUGGGGCCCUACAGGGACACAACCUGCUGCACUGCGCCCAGUACGACGACAGCUGGGCACGGGACGCACGUCUGGUUACAGGACUGCUGAUGUUUUUCUUAGGCAUGGCCAUCAACAUUCACAGUGAUCAUGUUUUACGAGGCUUGAGAAAACCAGGAGAAACAACCUACAAAAUUCCCAGAGGCGGCUUGUUUGAGUAUGUCUCCGGAGCAAACUUCUUUGGGGAGAUUGUGGAAUGGUUUGGCUUUGCCAUAGCGACAUGGUCCCUGCCUGCAUUCUCAUUGGCAUUCUUCACCAUGUGUUCCAUUGGACCACGAGCCUACUAUCACCACAGGUUUUACACUGAGAAAUUCAGCGAUUACCCCAAAACAAGGAAAGCCCUGAUCCCCUUCAUAUUGUGACCGGAUAGUUCAGAGAAGUAGGCUUUGGAGAUUGACCAGUGUUUGAUUUAUCAUCUGAAGGAUUUAGAGAACAAUAAUCAAUAACUAAAUAUUUAUAAUAGAAAAUAUUGUUAAUGGAAUUACUAUUUAAUAUUGUCUUGAUUUGUUCUAUACAGAGUUACAUACAUACAUACAUAAUUACUUCUUGCAUGAUUUUGAAUGUUUUUCAUAUCCUUUGUAAAAAUCAGUUAUUUAUGGACCCUUUCAAGAGAGUUCCAUUAUCAGCAUCAUAGUUGGCCCCACAAGGCUUCCGUUUUAACAUUCCAU